CCAGACGAGCAUCGAUGUUUAAAAAAAAAGAUAUGCUUUGACACCAGGGAGCAGUUUGGAAUCACUGAAAGCAAGACACAAUUACCUAAGACCAUCCACUUUGACCUCUGUGGAGGAAGAUCAAUUUAAGAAAUUUACUCACAGAGAUGAAGAUGUAAUAGGUCAGAAGAUGUUCUAAAUUAAAGUUACCAGGAAAUUAUUUUUAAAUGAUCCAUUUGAGCUUUGGUAAGUAAUUCAAGUGUAUGAAAGUCUUAGCUACAAACAAGAGGUCAACUGAUUUAGAAUAUGGCCUUUAUUAAAUUACUUUAACUGAGUCGAAAUAGAAUCUGUUCAAAACCAAGACUGGGUUACUAUAACUUCAGCAUCCCAAGUAAAAUCCAAACAAUUUCACCUGGUUUUUUUUUCAUUUUAAACAAUCAACCAAAACUGCUUAAGCAUCGAUGGCUUCUUAGAAACCUUCGAUGCAGCUGCUUGUUGGGAGGUUGGAAAGUUCAAUUUUUUAAAGUCCCCUUGGCUCCUCCAAAAGGAAAUGUGGGAAUCUGGCACCAUGAUGUCAUCCACAAUGCAUAAUGAAUGGAUUGAUAUUUCACAAGAAGUUUUCUAGCCAAGCUCAAUAGCUUCUAGGUAAGUGAUCUCAAUGAGGCACUAAGCUUCAAAGGACAUACUUCUAGAUCACAGAAUAUAUUUAACUGAGAGAUCUUUGUAUAAAGUGUCCUCCUUUUCUUUCAGAACAAGGAAGAGACUGCUGCCAUGUGGUUUUAUCUGGUCAUCCUUAUCUGCUUGUACUAUGCUCUUUGCUGGCACUGGGAGAAGAAAGUGGUCCAAAACCUCCCAGAGAAAUAUGUCUUCAUAACAGGUUGUGAUUCUGGGUUUGGAAACCUACUGGCUAAGCAGCUGGAUCUUCAGGGCUUGCGGGUUCUAGCCUCUUGCCUGACAGAGAAAGGGGCAGAGGAAUUGAAGAGGAAAACUUCAGACAGGCUUGAAACAGUAAUCCUGGAUGUAACCAAGACUGAGAGCAUCACUUCAGCGACUCAGUGGGUGCAGGAACGAGUGGGAGAUAAAGGCCUCUGGGGUUUGGUAAACAAUGCUGGGAUUGGUUUACCCACAUUCCCCAAUGAGUGGCUCAAGAAAAAGGAUUUUGUCAAGAUUUUAGAUGUGAACCUGAUUGGGCUGAUUGAGGUGACCCUCAACAUGCUUCCCAUGGUGAGAAAGGCACAGGGAAGAGUGGUCAAUGUUUCUAGUGUAGCAGGGAGACUAUCAGUCUUCGGUGGAGGAUACUGCAUCUCGAAGUAUGGCGUGGAAGCUUUUUCGGACAGCCUGAGAAGAGAAAUUGCUCCUUUUGGUGUUCAGGUGGCUAUCAUAGAACCAGGCAACUUUAGAACACUCAUCCUCUCUCCCGAUAAUUUGAAUGACAUAACAAAGAAGCUGUGGAGCCAAGUCCCUCUGGAAACGAGAGAAGCCUAUGGAGAACACUACUUCAAAAGUUAUUGCAAAAGUAUGAACUAUUUCUUAUCAAGAGGCAAAAAAAAUUUAUACCCAGUCAUCUGGAGCAUGGAGCAUGCUCUGACAGCAGUCCACCCCAGGACCCACUACGUCGCUGAUUGGGAAGCCAAGUUCAUUCAUAUUCCUCUCUCUUGUUUACCAACUUCCUUACUAGACUUUAUACUUUCCAAAUUUCUUUAUAGAGUCAAACCUGCUCAUGCUGUGUGUUAA